UUUUUAUUAUUUUUAUUUCAGCUGCCGUUAAUAUUAAUGUAUUUGUAUAAGGGACUAAGAUCUGACCCCAUCUCUCUUUCCUUCGCCAAAAACCCUUUUUCCUCUAAAAAGGGUCUCCUUAUCCUCCCUUAUUAAUCUCCCUAAAGGGUUUUUCAUUUUCUAGUGGUCGAUGGGUGUUGAAGUUGUGGGAUCAGAAAUGGCUAAAGUAUCUGUUGACAAAGCAACUGAAGUUGAGAAAUCACUUGUUCAUGAUAAGGAAAAUGGGAAACUUGACAAGGAUCCGGUUCAUAGCGAGCCCAUUAAAUUCGGUUCCAAUAUUGAGGAAUCAAAUAAGGGAGAAGAGAAAAAUGCAUCUGAUGCCAACUUUCCGAGCGAUGCAGUUGUUGAGUGGCCUGCGCCUAAGCAGAUCCACUCUUUUUAUUUUGUUAGGUAUCGCCCUUAUGAUGAUCCGAAGAUAAAGGCCAAAAUUGAUCAGGCUGAUAAGGAGGUGCAAAAGUGGAAUAAAGCCAGGUUUCAGCUUACUGAUGAAAUUAAAGCGUACAAGUUGGAUCGAGCAGAGUUGCUUUCUCAAGUGAAAGCCCUAAAUAUUGAUUUCGAGCAAUUUAAGACAAUGUUAGGUGAGAAAAAGAAGGAACUGGAACCACUGCAGCAGGCUUUAGGCAAGCUUCGCAAUAAUAACAAUGAGGGUGGUCGUGGUGGUAUAUGUUCGUCUGAGGAAGAGCUCAAUGAUUUUAUCUAUAGCCUUCAAUAUCGCAUCCAGCAUGAAAGCAUCCCGUUGUCCGAGGAGAAGCAACUUCUUAGAGAAAUUAAACAACUAGAGGGGACCCGGGAAAAAGUUAUUGCUAAUGCUGCGAUGAGAGCAAAGAUUCAGGAAUCACUUGGCCAGAAAGAAGCCAUUCAAGAUCAAGUUAAACUUAUGGGUGUUGAUUUGGAUGGCGUAAGGAAGGAACAAAAUGCGAUCUGGUCUAAGAAAAAGCAAAUUAAAGAAAAAGUCAAUGCCAUAGAGAGUAAAAUCGAAUCUUUACAGGAGGAGCUGAAUGCUGUAAUCCAGAAGAAGAACAAAGCUUAUGAAACCAUGCAACAACUGUGGAAACAACGUGAUGAGGCGAAUGCUCACUUUUACCAGAGCCGUUCUCUUUUAAACAAAGCCAAAGAGCUAGCUGCAAAGAAAGAUAUAAAGGCUCUUGAGGAGCUUUCGACUGUCGAGGUCGAGAAGUUUAUGGCUCUGUGGAGUAGCAAGAAAGCUGUCAGGGACGAUUAUGAGAAAAGAAUUCUGCCAUCCCUGGAUCAGCGGCAAUUAAGUAGGGAUGGUCGGAUCAGGAAUCCUGAUGAGAAACCACUGGUUGUACAAGAGACACCGGUGCCUUCUGAAACUGUAACGAUUCCAAAACCUAGCAUCCGACAACCAAAGGAAGAAGCCAAACCCUCUCCCGAACCAGAUAGUAAACCUCCAAAAAAGGUCCAGAAAGAUGUUGAGAGCAAAGCAAAAGUUUCAAAAUCGUCUCCCGAGAAUGGUAUUGUGGAAGAGAAAGAGAUCUCUGGAUUGGGCAUGUUGCAAAAGGACACUACUGCAGUCAAGGAAGUUGAUGAAGCAAAACUGAAAGAAAUGAAGAGAGAAGAGGAAAUAGCAAAAGCCAAGCAAGCCAUGGAAAGGAAAAAGAAGAAGGCUGAAGAAAAAGCAGCCAAAGCAGCUAAAAGAGCUGAAAAGGAAGCUGAAAAGAAGCUCAAGGAGCGUGAAAAGAAAGCAAAGAAGAAGGCAGCAGCAGCAUCUGCAAGCAGCGCAAAUGUUGAGGAACCAACCGAAACUGUUGCAGAGGUUCCAGAACCAGAGAAAGAUGUUAAUGCUGAGGAACCUGUUCCUGCCCCCUUUCCGGUGAAGAAUAAAGUUCAGAAGGAGAAUACAGUAAGGUACAAGAAUCGAAGUAGAGCACGGGAGUCACUUCCUAGACCCGUCCUGAAACGUAAGAAGUCGACCAACUACUGGAUAUGGGCGGCUCCUGCUGCGGUUGUGGUGCUGAUACUUAUAGCUUUGGCUUACUAUUAUCUUGUUUGAAGAAGUUAAACUGAGAGUUAUAGACAAAGUUUAUGGUUGAUAGUGGGAAAAGUUAGUUAAUUUGGUUGGAUGCAUCCCAUGAAGGGAUGUACUAAAAAACUCGUAAUGUUGCUGUUAGUGCAGUCUUAAUGCUUAGGGAGGCCAAAACUAUAUGUACUUUUGGUUUUGUUGGUACUACAUUUUUAAAAUUUUGACUUCUGAGAUGUUUCAGUUAUUUGGA